AUGGUGGGGCUGGCCGGCCGCGGCAAGUGGUGUGGCAGGCGGGGCCGGGCCCCCCGGGGAGCAGGGGCGUUGCUGGCCCUGGGGCUGCUGGCGGCACUGGGUUUCCUGCUGUGGCGGCGCGUCCCCCCGGAGAGCGAUGCUGCGCGUCCUGCCCGCGGGGCCCCCCAGCCGCCACUGCCCGGGGAUCCCGAGCGCCUGCGGAGACCCGUGUACGAGAAGCCGCCCCUGGAGCCUGGGGCGCUGGGCGAGCUGGGCCAGGCUGUGCGGCUGGAGCUGAGCCCGGCCGAGAAGAACCGCCAGGAGGAGAGUAUCCGGCAUCACCAGAUCAACAUCUACCUGAGCGACCGCAUAUCCCUGCACCGCCGCCUGCCUGAGCGCUGGAACCCGCUGUGCAAAGAGAAGAAAUAUGAUUAUCAUAACCUGCCAAAAACCUCAGUUGUAAUAGCUUUUUAUAAUGAGGCUUGGUCAACACUUCUGCGAACAGUUCACAGUGUUCUUGAGACAUCCCCAGAUAUUCUGCUGGAAGAAGUUAUCCUGGUGGAUGAUUAUAGUGACAAAGACCAUUUAAAGAAACCUUUGGAAAACUACGUGGCUGGUUUACGCAAGGUACGUCUUAUUCGUGCAAAUAAAAGAGAAGGACUGGUUCGAGCUCGACUUCUGGGAGCUUCUCUUGCGAAAGGGGAUGUUUUGACAUUUCUUGAUUGCCACUGUGAGUGUCAUGAAGGGUGGCUUGAACCACUACUGGAAAGAAUUGGGGAAGAUGAGUCAGCAGUCGUGUGUCCUGUGAUCGAUGUGAUUGAAUGGAAUACGUUCGAGUACUUGGGAAAUGCUGGGGAGCCACAGAUUGGAGGGUUUGACUGGAGACUGGUCUUCACUUGGCAUGUUAUCCCAGAGAGGGAGCAAAAACAAAGACGGUCCAAAACUGAUGUAAUCAGGUCUCCAACUAUGGCUGGUGGAUUGUUUGCUGUCAGCAAGAAAUAUUUUGACUAUCUUGGCUCCUAUGACACAGGAAUGGAAGUAUGGGGAGGAGAAAACCUUGAAUUCUCAUUUAGGAUCUGGCAGUGCGGAGGAAGUCUUGAGAUCCACCCAUGUUCUCAUGUAGGUCAUGUUUUCCCCAAACAAGCUCCCUACUCACGUGCCAAGGCCCUGGCUAACAGUGUACGUGCAGCAGAAGUUUGGAUGGAUGAAUACAAAGAGCUUUAUUACCACCGAAAUCCACAUGCACGUAUGGAGCCCUAUGGAGAUGUGACAGAAAGGAGGCUGCUUCGAGAGAAGCUCAGAUGUAAAGACUUCAAAUGGUUCUUGGAGAAUAUUUACCCUGAACUUCAUGUACCUGAAGACAGAGCUGGCUUCUUUGGAAUGCUGAAAAAUAGAGGAAUGGCAAAUUACUGCUUUGAUUAUAAUCCUCCAAAUGAGCAUGAAGUAACAGGGCACAGAAUCAUAUUAUAUCCAUGCCACGGCAUGGGACAAAAUCAGUUUUUCGAAUAUACAUCUCAUAAUGAAAUACGUUACAACACCCGGCAGCCUGAAGCCUGUGCAGCAGUUGAUUCCGGGACUGACUAUUUGACAAUGUACUUGUGUCAAGACAAUGUUCAAAAUAUUCCUGAAAAUCAGAAAUUUGUUUUCAGAGAGGAUGGUACUUUGUUCCAUGUACAAACCCAGAAGUGCCUACAAGCCGAGUCUAACUCUUACAAUGGCAAUCCAGCACCAUUAUUGCGACCAUGUAGCAAUUCAGAAUACCAAAAAUGGUUCUUCAAAGAAAGAAGUUGA